CUGGAAAGUGAAAGGUGCGCCCUGCUGUAUAAAUGAGGCACUGCAGCUCUCCUCCAGCAGAACAACUUCCACAGAGAAAUCUCUACUCGCUCCACAACAGGAAAAUCUGAACCUCGUCUCAAAAUGCUGUACAGGAUGUUUUUGGUGUGUGUGUGUCUCAGUGUGUACACUUCAGCCUCCUCGCUGAGCUGCAGAUGGGUGCAUCACAAGUUCAGUCAUCUCAGCAGACGCUCUAUGGAUCUACUAGACACCAUGGCUCAUAACUCCACUAACACCACUGAGGAUGCUGAAAUUAACUUCCCCAAUGAUCUGUACAACCAGGCGUCCAAAGCAUCAGCUGAGGACAAACUCAGGUUCUCAGUUCAGAUCCUGGAGGAGAUGCUUGCCUUGUUUGACGAGGAUCACAGCAAUGCAUCAUGGGAGGUGCAAACGGUGGAGCACUUCCUGAUGGUAGUGACCCAGCAGGCCGACGGCCUUCACUCCUGUAUUAAGCGCCACGGCCACAAGAAGAAGAACAAGAAGCUGCAGAUGUAUUUCGGGAGACUAUCUCGCCGUGUCCUGGAGCACAUGGGCCACAGUGCUGAAUCCUGGGAGCUGAUCAGGAAGGAAAUGAAAGUCCAUCUGAUGAAAACAGACCAGCUGGUUCUGUCUCUCACCAACUAAAACUGUUUAGUUUUUUUAGUCCAAAUGCGUUGGUUCAUGUGCUGAC